UGCACGUGAGCUGACGAAAUGCAGAACGCGGUGCCUUUCCUUGAUAAAUACGAUCAUAACUCGCGUUGUGUCAGGACUUGGACAUGGGCAACGUGACCGUGAGCUGACAGAUAGUUACGACUUCCCCUCCUUCCUGGCACCCACUUUGUGGACUCGGAGCAUUAACGGGCGGAUGUGGAGCUCCUAAUCUCUCGAGUGCGCGCUCGAUAAGCCAAAGGACCUGCCGCGUGCGUUGCCUUGCAGCGGCACAACCGGACUCAUCAUGCAUCUGGGUAAAACAACGAAGACGCGAGAGAACUUUGGUGGUUGGGUGCUGCCCGUCGAGCAGAUGGACAAUCUUAAAAAGAAGCCAUAUGUAUACAAUGCAAGUGCAGGCUCGGUUUUGGAGCUUCUAUUUCUCCAGAGGUUUUGGGUGUGGUGUGUCCAGUUUGUGCCUGCAAGGAUAGCACCGUGUGUUCUCACGUGUUCAGGACUUCUAAUAAAUGUGUGUUGCUGCUUGCUUCUGCUAAGCUACAGCACUGAUCUGCGCUCAGAGGCGCCAUGGUGGACCUUUGUGCUGUGUGCAUUGUCUUUGUUCCUGUACCAACUGCUGGACGCUUUAGAUGGCAAACAGGCCAUCAAGGUGCAGAAUACCGCCCUGGAGGAAGUUUAUGACCAUGGUUGUGAUGCCCUGUCUACUUUCUUUGUCACUACAUCUGCUUCCAUCGCCAUGCAGCUGGGGGAUUCUCCUGCCCUCCUGGUCACUUUCUUUUUUCUGUCUGCACUGGCAUUCUAUUCUACUCAUUGGCAGGACUAUGUGACUCAUGUAAUGGUCUUUGGCAAGAUGGAUGUCUCUGAGUGUCAGUGUACCAUGAUGGCUGUGCACCUUUUAACAGCUAUCUAUGGCCAAAAUUUAUGGAUGCAGAACGUGUUUUACGGUGUUCAGCUACGCGAGAUCAUGGUGCUUUUGUCUUAUUGCUGCCUGGUCUUUGCGACAUUAGGCAACAUCCGCAUUGUUCUUGGUGGCAAGACCCCUCUUGAUGGCCUUGUCAAGAUUCCUCGCCGUACGGAGCGCACAUGGUACCCUCUGGCUGCUCUUCUGAGCCUGUCUGCUUGUCUAUGGGCUACCUUUAAGGCUGGUCUCAUGAUCGCCCACCCUGUGAUGUUCCUGGUCACAUAUGGCUUUGCUUUUGCAAAGAUCACCGUCAGGCUAGUGGUGACAACGGUGUCCGACGGAGAAUUGGACCUUUGGGACAGCAGCCUGGUGGCACCCCUGUUCCUCUGCCUGAAUGCUCUGCUCAGUGCGACGCCCCUUUCGCUACCCAUCUCCUCAGCACUCAUGUGCGCUAUGGUGUACAGUGUGAUGGACUUUGCUCGUUACUUCACCUACGCUAGCUGGGACAUGCGGGAUGCACUGGACGUGUGGAUAUUUUCUCUCAAGUACCCUGUUGGAGACCCACGAUGUCGUAAUGGCAAUAACGGCGUGUACCUGACGGGCCUCAACAAUGAUGAGCUGCUUAAGAAGGCAUGUGCUGAAGCAUCGUCUGCCAGUGUUGGGGCAGCAUCAUCCUCUAGCACAAAGCAGAAGAGUGGCAAGCUGAGGCUACGAAAGCAUCUUGGUCGUAGCAUGGGGAAGGAGUGCCUCAACUGAAAGUGGCCAUAGUGUACAGAAGAUGAUGCCCGAGAUAUGUGUGGGAAUAAUGUAACGAUUCUAUUCGAGUGCUAGUCUUUUUUGAUUUUUUGUCACUGGUUCAGGCGUCACUCCAAUAUAUCACUGGGGUCGGCCGGUCGUGAGUGGUAGGUGAUUAUGAAUAGAAUUGAGUGAAAGGAAUCCUUGCAUUAUGCCGUCCCUGGAUGUGAACAAUGAUUGCUUCGGUUGAAUGCAACAAGAGUUGUGCAAGGGGGUGUGCAGAAAUUUAAUUUUGCUGAAAAAAGGAAUUAUAUGAGAAGGGUUGCUUGUGCCAGGCUUGAACACUUAAUAUUGAGGCACUUAUGUAAAUAGUUACGAUAAUGAAUCUAUAGUUUUAUUCGCGCACAAGAGGGAAAACUUGGGAAAGACUGUAAAACAGGAGAUUGGCUGCAGAUGCCGUAUCUGCAAACAUUAAUGAUGGAAAGCGAAGAGAGGAAGGAAAGUUAAUAUAUAACUCAUUUGAAUGAAGUCUCAUUUCACCUACAGUUCAACUCAUUUGAAUGAAGUGUUUGAAAGGGCAGAUGCACAAUUUAUAGUAUAAUUGCAAUCAAUUUGUCCAGCCAACCCUGGUUAAACUGCAACUAGGAGUUUUUAAUCAUUUGCCUUAAUUUUAGAACUGGUCAUAAUACUUAAGUGAGGCAAAAUUGGAAGAGUAGAGAAAGCUUCCAUGAUGGAGAAACCGCUGUUGCAGAAAUGCAGCAUCAAGGCUUGUUUUUGUGGAAAGAAACAUCUCAUAGAGAGAUGAAAAAAGUUUUUACACUUGUUUCCUGUGUGUUCUGGUUGUUUGUGAGAGUGAGAGUUUUUGGCCACUUGAUUGUUACCUAAAGAUGAAGCAUGCAAUCAGAAUUUUAGAGAGAUAAAAAUAAAACGAAGGUUAAAUUGAAUGAAAGUUUUGGCCUCCCUUGGGUUAGAAGGGAAAAGCAUCAAAUUGGUUGCUGCCCCAGACAGCACCACCAAUAUCAUCCACAUAAAGUGAUGCAUUGUUGAACCGUUGUUAUAAGCAUGCAGAAUAUUCUAAGGCAAUUUCUUUUCAUCACGAGGCUUUAUUUGUGCAUUCUUCAGACGUUCUGAGUGAAGUGUACUAGCCAAGGCCAGUUGCUUAAUAUAGUGUAGAAUAGUUCACAUCGGAAAAGUUGUUCGGCAGUCAGUAAUGUUCUCUACUUAAACAAAUGACCAGGCUUGCGUGUUAUUCAUGCACUGAUUGCUACCAACAGGGAAUUGUUUAAUUGUAACUAAAAUCUAGUUAGUGCAUAACUGUGGUUGAUUGAGGAAGAAUAUAGGGCCAGAGAUUGCUUCAACAGCCGCUUGGAUGAAAGUGUGUGGAUGAUGGAAUCCUGUAUGAUUGGGGAGGUUCGUUAUAAACAUCAACCACAAAAGUUACUUGGAUUACUAUUUGUGAGAAAGGUUUCUGUGUGAGAGCUGAAACGUUAAUUCUACAAACUUUGUUGUAGUCGGCCCCUUUAGUUGUUUGUUUAUUCUUUAGGAGGUUUUGAAGUUCUAUGGAAACAACAUGAAACGCAACAGAUUGCCGACUGCAGUGAAGUGGAAUUUAAGGUAGAGCAACACAUGCUUUUGCCAUCUGCUAAGUGUGUGCACAUUAGAUAUUAAUUGUCAGGUCUUUGACCUGCUGUUUACAUUGACGACUAACUAUGUGCCACCAAUGGCAUUUGUUUCACUACCUUGUUAAAUUUUGCAAGAGAACAGGCAGGCCGCCUAAUAUGGUAAUGCACUCAUGCGCACACCGAUGUUGUCAUUAUUAAGUUUCAUUUUUAAAGCUUUUGCUUUUCACAAAUUGUUUCUCAGCUGGGGAGCUGGUCUUUUGAAAAAAUAAAAAGUUUUUUGUGUUCAAAGCAGCAAGAUGAUGGUGUCAUAAUGGUAUGUGAUGCAAGUAUUUAUUGUGCUAUGGUUUUGGAACUCACUGCCUUUAAGAACUCUUCUGUUGAGCAAAUCAAAGUCAUGUUGAUGUGUGUGACUCUAGUGUUGGCAACAUUAUUAGAAUUAUGGGCUUUGUUACCAUGGGAAUAGCAGCAUAUAUUUGUGAGGUGUUUGCCAAGUGUAUGUGCAUGUACAUUUCACUUGUGAUUUUCUGUUCUGAUGAUUUCUAGUGCUUCAGUGCAGCUUCGGCAGGCUACCUGCUUAUUGCACCAAAGCAGUCUGUUAAAGGGGUAUCAAAGGCAAAGCACGUCAAGCUAACCCGGUGAUUGCUUCUCCAGAAUAUCCAAAGUUACCAAGUGAUGUAAAUAUAGGACAGGGUUGGCAGAAUCAUUGCGAAAAUGUGGCUUCAGAUUUUGAAAUGCCAGCACUAAUAUUGUUCACCACUAUUGUGAAAUACACCAGCUCCUUCCUGGUGGUGUCCUCAUGUAUGGUAAAUAGUUGUCAACUGCUGGUAAUUGGUAACUAUACGAUAACUUCAUUUCAUUUCACCAUUAAAGGAAAUCUAAGUCUGGCUAACUUUAUAAAAUUUCCCUUUGGAAAAAUUUGCUGACGUUGUUUCUCAGUAUUGCUCUGGUGGUACUGCUUGCACGAAUUUGGCACCCACCAGUGAAUCGCCGAGGUAGUAUUACUCAGCAGAGCAUGAUUCCCGACAUUGCGAUGCAUUUGCUGUUUUCCCCGGUGACAUGCUUAGAUUUCUUUUGCGUCAACUGAGUUGUCUCUUGGUACAAAAAAAAUUAUGAGAUAUUCUGUAGUGUUGUUGAUCAAUCUAUUUAAGAGAAUGUUUGCCUUUGGUAACCUUUUAGUGUGAACUCAUAUCGACUUUGCUGGUAUGGGAUGUGAUAUGUGAUGUGUGUAUGGCGUAUGCGAGACCUUAUGCAUGGUAUGUGAUGGAAGCCACAGUUGGGGCAGUAAUCAAAUGGGCUGCGGUUUGUGCCUGUGGUGCAAGUCUGCGAUGUGCGGCAAAAGUUGUUGGCAAUUGUGUGGCAAGGCACGUGCUUACACGCGGUGAGGUUUGGCCGAAACUUUUGAACAUUGCUGAUACGACAAUUUAGGGUUGUUACGGAAACAGCUUAGUUGCAUUUGCUAGGCAGUGGUAUGCUGUGGCAGCACAAAGUAGUGUGUCCUUUGCAUGAAGUUGCUACAGAUUGUAUUAGUUUCAUGUCAAAAAUUUUUAUUGAAACCAACACGCUCUGGUCUGGUUGUUGAGAGCCAGUUUUGUUUUAUUUUGCCUGUGAAGGUUGCUAAGGCUUUCUUCUUUUAGUCUGGUGCACCUUUUUGCAGGUGUGUGCUGCAUUAUGUUUAGUUCCAACCGGACGAAAGCGGCUAUAGUGAGGCUGUAGUUUAUUAUUGUAAUAAAACUUUAACGGGAGGCCCAGAGCAUUCGAUUAGUGCCAAUAGUGUAGUCUAAAGGAAUGUUUCUCUUGAGUGCUGUAAGAUGAGGGGCAUUAAGAUGUCCUUGCAGCUUAAUUUUAUUUUUCUGUAUUAGUUAUAGCAAUAUAUUUUUGUGCAUUUUGUUUGUGCUCUGCACUGGUGCGCAAUUCAAAGUAGGUUGAAUGACCAAAACAAUCAAAUCAGAUCAUGUACUCUGUGCUGUCUUCAAUUUUACAUUGUGGUCGUUGCAACUUCUUUUCUAAUCAGCAGUUGGAUGGUUUCUGUUGCUUGACUUUUUUAGCCCACUUCUUUUCCAGUUUUAUUUUACUCAAGUUUUUAACUUUUCUGUCUACCUGUUUAAAGUAAGUUUUUCAUACUUAAUUUUCUAGGUCUUCAUUGUGCACGUUGCUCAUUUUGGUUGUUUGUCGCCUCUUGUUGUCUUUGUCAACAUGCUGUGAAUAAAGAUGGAGACUGCUUAUAUUUGGCAGCAGGAAGUGCCAAGGUGUGUGUUAGAGCUAGUCCUACUGAACUUUAAGAUCAACUCUUGCUGUAACAUGCUUAGUGCCAAGUGAUAAUGACUGGUGAUAUUGAGAGUACCUGAGCUUGGCUUGCUUUCUCAAUGCACAAGUUGCAGGCAAAGGUAGUGCAGCAAUACUUCAGAUGAAAGUGUGUACAUGCUUAAUUUCUACUUACAGUAUGCCUUAAUGUGCUGUGCAAGCAUAGCAGGGGCGAAAUAUUUACAUUUAUUAGGAUUAUGUAGCAUAAUAGAGGUGCAAGAGCUUAGACAUACUGUAAUGGCGGAAGAUGUGGGGCAGCACUAAUGACAAUAUCUUUGGAUGCUACGACUAGCCACAACAUUCUAGAAACAUUCUUGUUCCCCAAAGCUGUUUCUUCAAGGUUGGAGGUAUACAAAAGUACCCUUCUCGUGAUUGCACAUAUGCCAGCAGAAAAACGGAAUACAGCUAGCUAGUUAUCCCAAAUAAGUUCUGGACGUUUUCGAAAAGGUGCCACAAGGUGUCACUGUCAGCACUGCUGCUCGCAUCUGCAUCUACUGGUAUACAUAUGUCUACGCUGAAAUUCUCUAGUCUCUUUGCACCAUCUACAAAGUGUCAUUAGUACAGGACAUGAACUUGGUUUCUCUUGAGCAUGGUGUUACUUCUUCCAGCAUUUGCAGUGCACAAAAUUUCAUUGCAAUAAGUGUCAAUAACAAACCAAAUUGAGAAAUUGACAGAAGUGCUCGAGCUUCAGAUCAAGAUCAGAGUUUCCCAUUAAUAAGCUUAUUCAGUAACAGUGUGCAGGCGAGAGUAUGAUGUUGUGGCGAUAGAUGCUGAACAAAUAUUUUACAUUUUUGCACAUGUUGUCACUUCAUGAAAAUGUAAAAAUAUUUUCCCCUUUUUCUUACUGUAUUCUUUCAUUGCAUAUGUGCAAACGGUGUAGUGUACUGCACUUGGCUUGACACAGUGCUGUAAAGUGCUGCUGUGCUUUUUCUUAGUUUUAUAAUGAUGGUUUAUCAGAAGUGUAUAAAAGUGUGAUGUACUUGUUACGUGCCGUUUUAAAUAAAACAGUACGACUGUUA